UGCAUGACAUUCACGACAUACAGUCAGCCGUCAAAAUACUUGGAGUUAAAAUCUCACCGAAGUCAUGUCCAUUCGAACCAUUCCACUAUACACAAUAAUACAAUUUAAAAUAAUUUAUUUAAUUUAAGCUAAUGAAACAAAAAUGUGAUUUUAGUGUUUAAGGUGCUUAAAGUUGAGAUUUUGCAUUCCGCAUAAAUAAAUGUACAAAAAGAGAGUGAGCACAGGAGCAUUGCAUUUUAACGUUUUAGUAGUUUAAGAACAAAUUAUGACUUCACAAGAACUUAAGGAGAAAAGAAUUUCUCGAUGGUAUUUCGGCGGAUUGGCUAGUGCUGGUGCCGCAUGCUGUACACAUCCGUUGGAUUUGAUCAAGGUAACAUUGCAAACACAACAAGAGGGAAAAGUGUCGAUAGUACAGCUGACGGGCAGAAUUGUUCGUCAACAAGGCGUUCUUGCUCUGUACAACGGUAUAUCGGCAUCGUUACUUCGUCAGCUCACAUACUCUACCGCUCGGUUCGGUAUCUAUGAAGUGGGUAAGCAAUCGCUGGAUUCGAAUGCUGGCUUUGCGAGCAAAGUAUUGCUGGCGGGUACGUCCGGUUUCAUUGGCGGCAUUAUUGGAACACCGGCUGACAUGGUGAAUGUCCGAAUGCAAAAUGAUGUAAAACUGCCGCCAGAGUCGAGGAGAAACUACAAAAACGCUAUCGAUGGCCUGUUGCGGGUGCGUCGAGAAGAGGGAGCAUCACGGCUAUUUUCUGGCGCAUUGACAGCAUCGUCCAGAGGAUUUAUGAUGACCGUUGGGCAGAUAGCAUUUUACGAUCAAGUCAAAGUAUUCCUCCUUCAAACGAAAUAUUUCAAGGACGAUCCACGAACGCAUUUCGUGUCGUCGUUGAUUGCCGGUGCAAUGGCAACCGCUUUAACGCAACCGCUUGAUGUGCUGAAAACUAGAGUUAUGAACUCGAAACAGGGCGAAUUCAACGGACUGUGGGACGUUGUAAAGUAUACGGCUCGACUGGGACCGCAGGGAUUUUUCAAAGGAUUCGUUCCGGCAUUCGUACGCCUGGGACCACAAACAAUUAUCACAUUUUUGUUGUUGGAACAAUUGCGUAUGAAUUUCGGAUAUUUGAAAGGAGAGUAGGUGAGAGAUUGACGAACCAAGUUCGUUUUUGGGGGUGGGUGGAUUUAAUUUGAACAAAAUGCUAAAUUUCGUUGUUAUCAUUUUUUUCCAAUCUUAUUAUUAUUUGUAAUUAUUCUAUUUUGUUGUUUUGAAAAUUGAUUCAGAUCAGCGAAUAUUAUAUGAUCAAAGUCA